UUUUUCUGCUCUCGCGGCUCCACGCUUUCACCGAGCCGGGUUGGAGCGGGCACCAUGGCAGGCUACAGCGUGGAGGAGCGCGGCUGUCCGCACAGCCUCGACUACAGGCUUUUCUUCAAAAAUGAUAAAGGACAAUACAUUUCUCCAUUCCACGACAUUCCAAUAUAUGCAGAUGCUGGCAAGGAUGUGUUCAACAUGGUUGUGGAAAUACCUCGAUGGACCAAUGCUAAAAUGGAGAUUGCAACCAAAGAUCCUCUAAACCCAAUUAAGCAAGAUGUGAAGAAAGGAAAGCUACGUUACGUUGCUAAUGUAUUUCCCCACAAGGGAUAUAUAUGGAAUUAUGGUGCUAUUCCACAGACAUGGGAAGAUCCCUCACAUAAAGAUAAAAAUACUGGCUGUUGUGGAGAUAAUGAUCCAAUUGAUGUCUGUGAAAUCGGAAGCAAGGUAUGCGGCAGGGGAGAAGUAAUUCAAGUGAAAGUUCUGGGCACACUGGCAUUGAUUGACGAGGGCGAAACAGACUGGAAGAUCAUUGCAAUCAAUACUGAAGAUCCUGAAGCUGCUAAUUUUAACAAUAUUGAUGAUGUCAGGAAGCUUAAGCCUGGAUAUCUGGAAGCUACAGUAGACUGGUUUAGAAGAUACAAGGUGCCUGAUGGAAAACCAGAAAACCAAUUUGCGUUCAAUGGAGAAUUUAAAGAUAAGCAAUUUGCAACUGAUGUUAUCAAAAGCACCCACGAUUUCUGGAAGUCUCUAGUGACUAAAAAAACAGAUGGAGGAGAGAUUUGCUGCACAAAUACAACUUUGGCAGACAGCCCUUUCUGUUGUGAUCAAGCAUCUGCUGCAGCUAUUGUAAAAGCGGCACCUGCCUGUGGGGAUGCCAAUCCAAUACCAACUGAAGUGGACAAGUGGUUCUACUGCCAGGCAAAGUGACUUCAAGCUGGAUGUUGCAGUAGUUCCUGUCUUAUCACCAUGAAACACUUGUGCAGAACUAGAUGAGAACAGAGAGCUUCAAUUUCAAGAACAAUACUGUUUUAAAUAAGUAAAUGGCUGCUUGUGAUAUAGCAGAUUUUGCAUACUCAACAAUAAUGUGUGCUUGGACUCUGUAUGACCUUGAUAUAUUUUGAACAGUUCUUGUGUAAAAUGCCAGCUUAACAGUCUUCAAAUACAUCAUGGCACUCAACAA